CAAUCAUAAGACGCCAUAACACUGUGCGGAUAGACACGUAACGAAGCAUUCCAUUAUUCAGCCUUCUAGAAGACCUACUCACUUCGGACCAUAUCAGAAACUGCACGAUCAUGUCCUACCAAUCACCCAAUCCUGCUCACUUCCACGAUCCCUCAACUCCUCCGCCUCCACCUCCACCACCAAAGCCAUCCGUGCAAUCAAGCGGCCAAGCAACACCUCUAUCCGGCCCUCCUCUACCUCCUCCACCCCCCGAACAAUCAUCACGAUGCGACUCCACCGCUCCUCCCACCCAGAGCCAUCCUCAAAUCUACCAACAACCCCAAGAAUCCACACCCAUCAUCCAACGCCCCGAAGAAGGCUGGCUCCCCAAUUCACUAACUGACAAAACCACAACCGACCUUCACACGCUCCUCUCCGACCCAGACCUCCUCGCCGCCCUCGCCCAGUCUCCCGAUACAACACACCCCUCCCUCCCCGCCUCCGCACAGCCCAUCCGCGCCCUCCUCUCCGCAAACCUCUCCCUCGCCUCCUCUCUCAAAGAUCUCGAGUCGCGCCUCUCACACCAGCGGCAAAGCACGCAAUCACGCCUCCUCUCACUACGUGCACUCGAACGACAAUGGCGCGCAAAGCAGGCUGAGCAGGACACGGCGUUGCAAGAGUUCAGUCCGCCGAGUCUGUAUCAGCGUUUGAGCGCGGCGGCGGGCGAACAGGAUGCGCUUUGCCGCGGGCUAGAGGAGAGCUUCCUUGACGAGCAGGGCUUGGCUAGUGAGCGGGAGGUGGGAGAGUUUGUGAGGAGGUAUAGGGAGGGUCGGAAGACGGCGUGGUUGAGGAGGGAGCGGAAGGAGAGGUGGGAUGAGGGCAGGGUUGGGGGGUGGAGGUGAGGUUGGUCUGGGGUCAGCAGUACAUCUCGCGAAGGACGUACUCGUCCAAAACAGUUCAAGCAGCGGAAUGCUCUUGCGUAAAUUACCCAACGAGUGGCAUUGAUGGCCAUGAAUCUACGAUGCAACGCAAAGGCCUACAUCAAUAGAUAUGCCGAGAUGACGCCACGAAUAAUACGACACAUGACGAAUCUCUCUAGGUAGCCCAUCCAGCGAAGAAGCAAACCAUACCUUCUCCGCCAAAAGAUAUUAACAGUCCUAAAUAUUAGCGUAUACACAAGAUUAAAGCAAGGAAGUUGCAGGUAGAUACAACAAACCAAGCCAAAAGAUCAAAUUCAUACAGUCUAGAUCUAAACAUCGAUAUCAUACCA